AUGACUGGCCAACUGGAAGCCGAAAGAAGUAACGAGCUACAAAGUGAAGAUCCUUGGAAGAUUAUGACACCACGGCUGAAUCCACAGCUGAUUAAGCAAAAUGACCAAGAGAAACCUAUUUAUGAUAAAGAAAAUAACUUCCACUGCGAGCUCGUACACAAUAACCAACAGUCUGCGUUGAAGAUUCUAAACCCAAAUGAUCUGGAAUCUUUCAAACACCAAGAUAAUGUGGCGACCUGUCACCACACGGUGAGUGACUCAAGAUACAACGCUACAUAUUCUCACUCCAGGAAAAUAAAUCUAGCCCAGGCUAUGCCUGAAUCCGAACAACCAACUUUUCCGAAACACGGAGUGCAGGAUAUCUUGAAUGUCAGGGAUAACAUCACUUCCACGCAAUGGCUUAAGCUAAAUCACAGCUAUGCAGAACAAAUCAGACAAAUGAAUGCACACGUUUGUUCCAACGCUGACAACAAUAAACUUGCUUCAGCUACCAGUGAAUGCUAUAAGGACAAGGAAAAGACUAAAUGUGGCAGUAGUAACUUUUCAAACGAGGGAAAUGAUGCUCAAACUGUCGUCUCUUCCGGGAAACAUCUGACAGUUCUCACUUACAUUCUGUCAGCGGCUGUGCUUGUACUCACUAUCGCUGUCAUGCGUCUACACGUGAAAAUAAAGUCCCUUGAAGCCAGCAGAGAUGUGUUCAACUCAAACUACCAGUCUGGGGAGAAGCAAGCAAAGUUUGUGGAUAAGCAACUGCUGGGAACUACCAACACACGAGAAACAAACGAGAAACUCGCGGCGCUGUUCUUGACACCCAGAUUGGGCAUGACGAACACCGAACAAGGAACUUAUCAAAACAACGACGACAACACUGAUCGAUCAGACGCCGACGUGCAGCACACGAAAUUCACCAAACAGUACAAUAACCCUCAUGCUUUCCGAAGAAUUAUCACCUAUAUGCCCACAUCUACCAAAGAAGCGAAGACUGAGGUCGGACUCCAUUACUACUUUAGGAAACUCCUCCAGGCAGGAAGUGAGGCAAGUCUCAGACUAUUUCAUGUCUACUGA